AUGGCUGAGAUUGUUCAUCGUUUAUCCGAACUUUCACAUUUACGUAUAUCAUGGUUUGGCUGUUCGGACGAUGAUUCAGCGAAUCGUCUCAAUCAUCGCCAUACUGUUUUAAUGCUACUAAUAUUUUCAGCUAUACUUACUUCACGUUUAUUUAUAUCUGAUCUAAUCAUUUGUUGGACGCCGGGUGAAUUUACAGGUAAUUUUGUUUCAUAUACUCGACACUAUUGUUAUGUCACAAAUACUUACUAUAUAUCAAUGAAUGAAACCAUUCCCACCAACAUUAAUCCUCAUAUACGUCGUCGACGCUCAAUUUAUUACUAUCAGUGGUUACCAAUAAUACUUGCACUUCAAUCAUUACUAUUUCUCAUACCACGUUUUGCCUGGAGUAGUUUUAGUCCUCGAUGUGGAAUUAAUAUUCAACAUUGUCUAUCACCAAAAUUUGACUAUCGAACAAAUCGUUAUAAAGUUCAUCAUAUAACAGCAAUGCUUAAUCUACUAGCACGUAAUAAACAGCACGAUUUUGAUCGUAUGACAGCGAAUGAUAAUAAAAGUUUUUCGAAUUCAAAUAAUUCAUCGUCGAAUAGAUCGUGGGCAUUUAACUUUUUAAAUAUGUUUUGUAUUCCAUUUAUUUUUUCUAAUACGAAUCCUUUUCAUGGUUAUUAUUUAGUGAAUUUAUUUCUCAUUGUUAAAAUACUUUUUCUUAUUAAUUCUUCACUGCAAUUAUUUUUACUAAACGCAUUACUAACAAAAAAUUCUGUUUUGUAUGGUCUUGAAGUACUACAAAAUUUUAUCCAAGGUGAAUAUAUCAUCGGUUCAAAAAUAUUUCCCUUAAGUGUUUAUUGUGAUUUUAAUAUUGUUAAAAUUGGCCAACCAACACUUUAUACAGUGCAAUGCCUGUUACCAAUGAAUGUGUUUAAUGAAAAAGUUUUUACUAUUGUUUGGUUUUGCAAUAGUUUUCAGCGUUUUAAUUAUUCGUAUGUAGCAAAUUAUUUAAGUUUAUAUUCAAAAAAGGAGCGUUUCAGACGACAACUACUGGUGAAACGUUUUAUAUUUGAUUAUUUAUCAGCUGAUUGCGUGUUAAUAUUACGAUUAAUCUCAGAGAAUAUAAGUGAUUUAUUAACAAGUGAAGUUGUCAAUGAACUUUGGAAUGAAUAUAAAAAACUUUCGAAUCUAUCGGCAAGAAAUCGUGAAAAAUAUCUCUCAAAUCAACAACUAAAACCUCGUGAAGCAACAACAACAGCUGGUCAAACUUAUUUGGACGUGACCGCAGCAACAGCACGAAGAGACAUGAAUUAUCGCUAUUCGUUCAGAUAG